UUUUUUUGUAUCGGAGGAAUCAACAGCCGCCAUCUUGACGCGGCUCAGAAUCGGGAUUUCGGGGGGAGCAUUAAUUUUAAAAACCGACCGGAGCUGCCCAGACCGGCAUCAAACGGCUUUUUUCGUGCGGAAGAUCUAGCACUAGCGGUUCCGAUCUGGAUUAAUGCGAACAUGUGAGGGUUCUGUGGGUUUUUAUCGUCUCCAAAGCCCACUGUAUAUUUGAUUUCCCUUUUAGAGAGCGCCGCUUCUCGCCGUAUCUCCGUCCCGAGACGCUGAAUUUACCGGGAGACAGCGACAAGAAAAAUAAUCCGCCUCAUAGGAAAUAUUUUUUGAAUUUUGAUCUUUUUAUUUAAGCCAAAAACUGAUUUUAUGGCUGCUCAUUUCGACUGCGAAAAAAUGAUUCUGUACAGACGUGAAACCGGCGAUCUGCGGAGAAAGGGAUUUGCUUACGCUUUGUGUAAUAUUUUAUGAUUGAUUUUUAUUUAUUUUUCUCUAACUGAAAUAAUUUUUGGACGUAAUUAUUGAGGAUAAUUAUGUGGGUGUUGGGUGUUGGAUUAUCAUGGGGUGAUCUUCGGCGGCGGAGCGUGGCGCUGUUGCCUUUCUUUUGAAGCCUUUUUCUCCAGGCAGCAUUUCGCCAGUCAAGAAAAAAAAAACUGUGAAAUUGCUCCUUUACGCUAACAUUAGUGGAAGUUAGCGGACAUUACGAGCCAGACGACCGGGACUCAUCUGCUCUUAAUUCCUGCGCCAACAUUCAUUCAUAAUAGUCGCCGGGCAGGAUGGCUGAAAAUCUGCUGGAAGUCGGACCCCCCACUGCAAAGCGACCCAAGCUGAAUUCUCCUCUCUCCGGAUCGGAUGGCCCAGAUCUCGUAUCUCUGUUUGACCUGGAAAAUGACCUUCCGGAUGAGCUCAUCCCCAAUGGAGACCUGGCAAUGGGAAUGUCCUCUAAUGGGGGCCCGGGUGGAGGAGGUCCUGGUCUCAACUCAAUCGUUCCCGAUGCAGCUGCUAAACAUAAGCAGCUUUCUGAGCUCCUGCGACCAGGAAGCUCCUCCAUCUUAGGAGGCGGUCUCAACUCUGGCAGCCCCCAACAGGGAGGCAUGGUGGGGAGCCAGCUGGGUGCUGUGCUGGGUAAAAGCCCAUUGGGGCAGGGCUCACCCAAUCACCAGUCUCCACAGGGCCAGAAAGGAGGGGCUUCUGGACAAGGUAAUGGAAGCACAGGUAUGGGCUUCAACCAGGCCAUGCUGAACAGCGGGCAGGGUCACGGUGUCAUGGGCCAGGCUGGACAGGUGAUGAACGGGGCUAUGGGACCAGCAGGCCGUGGGAGACCGGGGCCCGGCAUGCAGUACCAGGGCCCAGGCAUGCAGGGGGCCCCAGUGGGAGCUGGACCCGGUGUUGGAGGCAGUGUGCUGGCAGAGACUCUUACUCAAGGAGGGCCCCAGAUGGGUGCUCACAACGCGCUGAACGCUCAGCAAGCUGGAAACAUGAACAAGAUGACGAUGUCUGGAGCUCCGUUCGGCCAGCAGUAUGGUCAGGCUGGGGUGCAGCAGAUGGGGGCGGCGGGGGUCAACGCCCAGCAGCUCCAGAACAAAACGGCCCUGUCCAACAACCUGCCCCAGUUCCCUGCCGAGAUGAAGGGAGCUGGAAGUGUGCCGAACAUGUCCCAGAUGCAGCAGCAGGUAGCUUCGAUGGGGAUGGUCCCCGGGGCCGGGGGUGUAUCAGCGGGGCCCACAGCCGACCCCGAGAAGCGAAAACUCAUUCAGCAGCAGCUGGUCCUGCUGCUCCACGCACACAAGUGCCAGCGGCGGGAGCAGGCCAACGGGGAAGUGAGGAACUGCACUCUGCCCCACUGCCGCACCAUGAAGAACGUCCUCAACCACAUGACCCACUGCCAGGCCGGCAAGGCCUGCCAGGUGGCUCACUGUGCAUCAUCCAGACAGAUCAUCUCCCACUGGAAGAACUGUACACGGCAUGACUGUCCGGUCUGCCUUCCCCUGAAGAAUGCCAGUGACAAGAGGAAUCAGCAGCCUAUGCUAAGUUCCCCGGGGGCUGGCCUGCAGAAUGCCAUCACCACGGUUGGUCCCGGCCAGCCCAGCGCCACAGCCAUCAACAGCGCUGCCACACACAUUGACCCCAGCUCCAUGCAGAGGGCCUACGCAGCCCUGGGCCUGCCGUACGGGAAACAGUCCACUGCUCAGGUCCAGGGCCAGGGUCCAGCUCAGCAAAACCCCCAGGGCCCCCAGCACCAGCAGCUGCGAAACAUGAACCAGCUAGGCACUAAUCAGAUGAACCAGAUGGCAGGAGGCAUGGGGACCUCCUCCUCAGACCAGACCGGCAUGCACUCCGACUCCUCUCUACCCUCCACACUCAACAAUCAGCUGAUGCCGGACGGGUCAGUCGUAUCCGGUAUGGGAAGCCUGCCUGCUGCCACCCCCCUCUCUGCUACCGGGGUGAGGAAGGCCUGGCAUGAACACGUCACUCAGGACCUGCGCACCCACCUGGUGCACAAACUAGUACAAGCCAUAUUCCCCACCCCAGACCCUGCAGCACUGAAGGACCGGCGAAUGGAGAACCUGGUGGCGUAUGCACGCAAGGUGGAGGGUGACAUGUACGAGUCAGCUAACAGCAGGGAUGAGUACUACCAUUUCCUGGCAGAAAAGAUUUACAAGAUCCAGAAGGAACUGGAGGAGAAGAGGCGCUCCCGGCUGGGGAAACAGCCUGGCAUGGUUGGUGCAGCUGGACCUCCUCAGCCUGUGAUGGCUCAGCCCAACGCCAUGGGCCCAGGGCAGGCAGUCCGACCUCCCAAUGGACCUGCCCCGAUGCCCAGCAUGCCAAAUCAGAUUAUGAACCGUAUGCCGGUUCCCCAAGGAAUCAAUCAGUUUAACUCGAUGGCAAUGCAGAAUGCACAGAUGUCUCAGGCACCCAUGGGAGGGAGGGCUCCUUCCCCCAUGAACCAUCCACAGCAGAUGAACAUGAGCUCCGUGCCAGCGAUGGGUAUGUCUCCAUCCAGGAUGCCUCAGACUCAAGGAAUGAUGGGUACUCAUGCUAACAACAUGGUCUCUCAGCCGACCAGCCAAGGCCAGUUCCUGCCCCAGGGCCAGUUCUCUGUAGCUGCAGGAGGAGCCAUGAAUGUGAAUAUGGGCUUGGGACAGGCCAUGCCACAGGCUGCUGUCGCUCAGCCCCAGCAGAACUCUAACCUCCCUCUGAAUGCGCUGGGCUCCCUGAGCUCCCAGCUGCCCUGCGGCCCUACAGCUCAGCCUGCUCUGGGCUCCACCCCCCCACCCGGUGCUUCUGCCAGCCUGCAGCCCCAGCAGCAGCAUCACGCCCCCCCGCAGGCCCAGGGGCCACAGCGACCCUCCACUCCCGCAUCCACGGGCGGACCCUCCUCCACCCCAACCCACAUACCCAGCAGUCUCCCCGGUCCCCCCUCAGCCAUGGGCACACCACCUGACCCCUCUCAGCCGCUUACGCCCCUGCAGCCCCAACCCGACCCCCCCAACCAGAUGCAGCAGCCCGCCUCGGUUCAGGCCCAGCACCCCAGCACACCGCUGUCCCAGGCAGCAGCGAGCAUCGAUAACAGAGUUCCUACCCCCGGCUCUGUGGCUGAGCUGAGCUCCCAGCAGGCCCUGCCGGACAUGAGCAGCACUGAAGCCAAACCUGAAGUGAAAGAUGAAGAAGACGACAGCGGCUCUGGGAAGAAACACAAUGAUGUCAAAAUGGAGCAGGAUGAUGAAACCAAACCCCCACCAGUAAAGAAGGAGGAGUCGGAUGCAGCAGAACCAAAGCAGGAACCAAUGGAAACCGAGGAGAAGAAGCCAGAAGUGAAGGCAGAACCCAAAGACGAGGAGGAAAGUGGGGCCAGCAGCACGUCGGCCGCUUCCGCCGCUCAGAACCGCAAGAAAAUUUUCAAGCCAGAGGAGCUGAGACAAGCCCUGAUGCCGACGCUGGAGGCCCUCUACAGGCAGGACCCGGAGUCUCUGCCCUUCAGACAGCCUGUGGACCCCAUGCUGCUGGGCAUCCCUGACUACUUUGACAUCGUGAAGAAUCCUAUCGACUUGUCCACCAUCAAACGGAAGCUGGACACGGGUCAGUACCAGGAGCCGUGGCAGUAUGUGGACGACGUGUGGCUCAUGUUCAACAACGCCUGGCUGUACAACCGCAAAACGUCCCGCGUCUACAAGUACUGCACCAAGCUGGCAGAGGUGUUUGAAACAGAGAUCGAUCCUGUCAUGCAGAGUCUGGGCUACUGCUGUGGCAGAAAGUACGAGUUCUCACCCCAGACGCUGUGUUGCUAUGGCAAACAGUUGUGUACCAUCUCCAGGGAUGGCACCUACUACAGCUACCAGAACAGGUAUCACUUCUGUGAGAAGUGCUUCAACGAGAUCCAGGGCAACAGUGUGACCCUGGGGGACGACCCGGCACAGCCUCAGACCAUGAUUUCAAAAGAACAGUUUGAAAAGAAGAAAAAUGACAUGUUGGACCCUGAACCGUUUGUUGAAUGUAAAGACUGUGGGCGAAAGAUGCAUCAGAUCUGUGUGCUGCACUACGACGUCAUCUGGCCGUCAGGCUUUAUCUGUGACAACUGUUUGAAGAAGUCUGGAAAAACAAGAAAGGACAACAAAUUUUCAGCCAGAAGGCUGCAGUCUACGAGGCUGGGGACGUACAUCGAGGACAGAGUCAAUAAGUACUUGAAAAGGCAGAACCACCCAGAGGCUGGAGAGGUGUUUGUACGAGUGGUGGCCAGCUCUGACAAAACUGUGGACGUGAAGCCUGGCAUGAAGUCUAAGUUUGUGGACUCGGGCGAGAUGACGGAGAGCUUCCCUUACAGAACCAAAGCACUUUUUGCAUUUGAGGAAAUAGACGGAGUGGAUGUUUGUUUCUUUGGCAUGCACGUCCAGGAGUACGGCUCAGAGUGCCCCUUCCCCAACACCAGACGGGUUUACAUAUCAUACCUCGACAGCAUUCACUUCUUCAGACCACGUCUGCUGAGGACUGCAGUGUACCAUGAGAUCCUAAUAGGCUACCUGGAGUAUGUGAAGAAACUUGGGUAUGUGACGGGUCACAUCUGGGCCUGCCCACCCAGUGAAGGAGAUGACUACAUUUUUCACUGCCACCCUCCUGACCAGAAGAUCCCCAAACCCAAGAGGCUCCAGGAGUGGUACAGGAAGAUGCUGGACAAGGCUUUUGCAGAGAGGAUCAUACAUGAUUACAAGGACAUCUUCAAGCAGGCGACAGAAGACCGGCUGACCAGCGCCUACGAGCUGCCCUACUUUGAGGGCGACUUCUGGCCUAAUGUCCUGGAGGAGAGCAUCAAGGAGCUGGAGCAGGAGGAGGAGGAAAGGAAGAAGGAGGAGAACACGGCCUCCUCUGAAACCACAGAGGGAGCCCACGCUGACAGCAAAAAUGCCAAGAAGAAGAACAACAAGAAAACCAACAAAAACAAGAGCAGCGUCAGCCGAGCCAAUAAGAAAAAGCCUGGGAUGCCGAAUGUGGCCAACGACCUGUCCCAGAAGCUCUACGCCACCAUGGAGAAACAUAAGGAGGUGUUUUUUGUCAUCCACCUCCAUGCCGGGCCGGUCAUCAACACGUUGCCUCCCAUCAUGGAUCCUGACCCCAUGCUGACCUGUGACCUGAUGGACGGGCGGGAUGCCUUCCUGACGUUGGCCAGAGACAAGCACUGGGAGUUCAGCUCGCUGAGAAGAUGCAAAUGGAGCACGAUGUGCAUGUUAGUGGAGCUCCACAACCAGGGCCAGGACCGCUUUGUGUACACUUGUAACGAGUGUAAGCACCAUGUGGAGACACGCUGGCACUGCACCGUCUGUGAGGACUACGACCUAUGCAUUAACUGCUACAACACUAAAGGCCACGAGCACCAGAUGGUGAAGUGGGGUCUGGGUAUCGACGACGACAGCAACGGUCAGGGCGGAGAGGCCUCCAAGAGCCCUCAGGAGAGUCGACGUCUCAGCAUCCAGCGCUGCAUCCAGUCCCUGGUCCACGCCUGCCAGUGCCGCAACGCCAACUGCUCUCUGCCUUCAUGCCAGAAGAUGAAAAGGGUGGUUCAGCACACCAAGGGCUGCAAGCGCAAGACCAACGGUGGCUGUCCCGUCUGCAAGCAGCUGAUCGCUCUGUGUUGUUAUCAUGCCAAGCACUGUCAGGAGAACAAGUGUCCCGUUCCGUUCUGUCUCAACAUCAAGCACAAACUCCGUCAGCAGCAGCUGCAGCACCGGCUCCAGCAGGCUCAGAUGAUGCGGCGCAGAAUGGCCACCAUGGCUGGGAGGGGUAUGCCCCUACCAUCUCCACCUACCUCAGCUGCCCCCGACACCCCAAAUUCUGUGCAGCAGCCUACUACCCCCCAGACUCCUCAGCCCAUGCCCAGCCAGCCCCAGCAACAGCAGCCGCCAAACCCUGCCAGCAUGGCCCAGGGCUUCCCCAGCAACGGCCGCAGCAGUCAGCCCCCAACACCCGUACCGCAGGGUAAACCAGGGCCUCAGUCGUCUCCUCUCCAUCAGCAGCAGUCGCCUAUGCCUACCAUGCCACACCAACAGCAGCCCCAGCCUCCGCAGCAGCAGCCCCAGCAGCAGCAGCAGCAGCAGCAGCAGCAGCAGCCUCUGCUGGCAGCCCUGAAGGUGGCCAGGCAGAUUGAGAUGGUCGCCAAGGCAAAGCAGCAGCAGAAUUAUGCCAUGAAUGGAAUGCCCAUGAACCAUCCACGCAUGAUGGGGCAGAUGCAGGGCCAGAUGCAGAUGAUGCAGGGGCCACGGGGCCCCCAGGUGAUGCCGGCUAUGCAGCAAGGCCAGUGGGGUCCGGGGAUGCAGAACCCCCAGGGCCAUCAGCCACAGGUUCCUCCUCAACAAGGCCCCAUAGCCCCUCAGCAGGCUCAGGGAACCCCGAUGCCCCAGAGCCAGCUCAUGCAGAGGCCCAUGAUGCCUCAGCAGCAGGGCCUCCAGAUGCCUGGGGUCAUGCCUCCCCAGGGGCCCCCACAGCAGGGCAUGACGCCACAGCAACAGAACAUGUCUCGGGUGAUGACGAGUAACAUCGCUCCGAGCGCCCUGCAGGAUUUACUGCGCACCCUGAAGUCUCCCACGUCCCCGCAGCAACAGCAGCAGGUCCUGAGCAUCCUGAAGUCCAACCCCCAGCUCAUGGCGGCGUUCAUUAAGCAGAGGACAGCCAAGUAUCAGGCCAACCAGCCGCCGCAGCAGCAGCAGAACCCUCAGGCCAUGCUGGGGGCCCAGGCGGGCAUGCAGGCCAUGGCAGCCAUGGCUAACCAGGUCCAGAGGCCGGGGAUGGCGCCUCAGCAGCAGCCUCCUCAGCAGGCCGGGCCCCAGGGCAUGGCACCCAUGGGCCCCCAAGGCCAGAUGAUGAAUGCUGCUCAAAAUGGCAAUCCUCAGCUGUACCGCAGACAGCACCUGCUCAGGAUGCAGCAGAUGCAGCAGCAGGCGCAGCAGCAGCAGGGAGGCUUGCCUCAGGGCCACGGCCAGUUCCCCCAGCAGCAGCCGGGGCCCGCCAGCUACUCUCAGCUCCGUAUGCAGCAGCAAAUGGCUAUGCAAGGAGGCGGGGGGCCCAUGGGACAACUCCCACCCACAUCCCAAAUGGGCAUGGGCAUGGACGGGCCCCAGAACCUCCUCCAGCAGCGCAUGCUUCAGCAGCAGCAGCAGCAGAUGAUGAAGCAGCAGAUGGGCUCUCCGGCACAGGCCAACUCCAUGAGUCCACAGCCUCACAUGCUCCAAGGCCAAGCCCAGGGAGGCGCUCACUUACCUGGCCAGACGAUGGCAAACACUUUGGGAAACCAGGUGCGCUCGCCAGCCCCAGUGCAAUCGCCCCGCCCACCUUCGCAGCAGGCCCCUCAUUCCAGCCCCUCCCCUCGGAUACAGCCCCAGCCGUCGCCUCAGCACGGUGCCCUCCACUCCAGCUCUCCCCACCCCAGCCUAGGAGGCCCCAUGUCCGGCUCCAUGGAGCAGGGACACAUGGGGACGCCGGAGCAGAGCGCCAUGCUUCCACAGCUCAACACACCGAACCGAGGGGGGUUAAGCAGUGACAUGGGGAUGGUGGGCGACACGACGGGAGACACGCUAGAGAAGUUUGUUGAAGGAUUGUAGCAUUUUGAGACCGGAAAAAGGCCUUGUUCUGUUUUCAGCUGAGAACUUUUUCUACUUGCGGAUGUAAAAAGCUAAAAGAAAAACAAACGACGAGUCUUACGAGGCCUACGGACUGUGAACUUUCCUGAAACCAAGGACUACUUUUCUUACCACACAGAGUGAUUUAAUAAUUGCUGUUGAAAAGAAGACAAAGACACAAAGAAUAUAUUUUUGGUUCAGACCAGCCUUGCAAGAACUCGCCCUGGUCUUUGUGUUGUUUUCAUUUGUUUUUCAUUUGUUAUGCUCUGAUAAUGACUUUUUAAAAAAAACUUCUCAAAACAAAAAAUACUUCAUUUUAUUAUUAUUCUUUUUUUGUUUUGUACGUUUGCAAAUUAAUAUUGUAUUUGUGUUGAGAAGACUGUAAAGUUAUUUGUUGCCAGGUUUCACCUCUUGCUCAGUUUCUCUGUUCCUGGCUAAUUUAUUCUAAUAUGCCAUUUUUCAAAAGGACUGCCUUUAGGAAAGCCUUAAUUUCUUUCCUGUUCGCAGACUCUAAAGGAGAUUAACGUAUUUGUAUAGAUCUAGGAACUAUUGCACACACCCAAACACAACAUGCAGGUUUACGACAUCCUGCACUGAAGCUCGUUCAUGUUCACAGGUGCCGGAAUGUUCUUUUACUGGCCUGGGCCCAGUGUUUGUCUUGCAGAUGUUUAAAAAUUGCUUUGUCUCUCCUUCAGUCUGAAGAACUUCUCAUUAUGUCCUGAACCUCUUUUGCCUGUGGUGGGAAAUCAACUUGUUUGACUGCUGAUUUGUGUUCAGAGAGAGUUUGGUGCAUCGUUUUCUCUCGCAUUAAACUUGAAUUGAUGAUAAACUAUUCUCUCAUGUAAAUCAUGCAGCUGGACAGUACUGUAAAUAUGCAGAAAAUAAGAAUGAAAUCACUGUACAAACUGGUUCAAAUGGCUCAUUUCGUACUUAUAUACCAUAUUGUUAAAUAAACCUGUGUGCCACAGA